CUUCAUAUCCUGUGUGGCUGCAAACUUCAUCUGAUUCCAAGCGUUCGGUGAAGCGUGUGAAUCCAAAGCGAAUAUUGGUGAUCGCGCCGGGUUACAUGAAGUUUCGGAGAGGGAUAUUCCAGGCACCGUGACGUCACAGCAGCAGCAGCGGUGAGUCUGCUCUCCGACAUGGCCAAGGAAGCAGCAGAGAUGACGGAGGAGACGCAGUUCAUGAUUGACAAAAACAUGGGCAGAGAAGCCACAGACGCGGAAUCCGGGGACGCCAAAGAGAUGCGAGCGGUGAUGCUGGCAGGCUUUGGAGGUCUAAACAAACUCCGUGUGACCAAGAAGGCAAUGCCCGAGCCUCAGGAGGGGGAAGUGAAGAUUCACGUCAAAGCGUGUGGUUUGAACUUCCUUGAUCUGAUGGUACGUCAGGGGACUAUCGACUGUCCCCCCAAGCCUCCUCUUGUUCCCGGCUUUGAGUGCUCCGGAAUAGUGGAGGCAGUCGGCGAACACACAAAGGGAUUUGAGAUAGGUGACAGAGUCGUUGCUUUUUCAAACUACAACGCCUGGGCAGAGGUAGUGUGCACGCCAGCGGAGUUUGUCUAUAAGAUACCCGAAGAAAUGACUUUUGCAGAGGCAGCAGGCUUUGCUCUGAACUUUGUUGCUGCCUACAUGAUGCUGUUUGAGGUUGCCAGACUGCAACGAGGGAUGUCAGUGCUGGUCCACUCAGCUGGAGGUGCUGUUGGUCAAGCUGUGGCUCAGCUGUGCUCCACUGUUCCUGAUGUCACCGUGUUUGGCAUCGCCUCAGGAUUCAAACACACAGCCAUCAGAGACUCUGUGACUCACCUCUUUGACCGAAACGUUGACUACGUUCAAGAAGUUAAAAAAAUAUCCCCUGAGGGAGUGGAUAUUGUUUUGGACUGCUUGUGUGGGGAGAACACUGGAAAAAGCCUCUGCCUACUGAAGCCGCUAGGAACCUACGUGCUCUAUGGCGCGUCAAACAUGGUCACAGGCGAGACAAAGAGUUUCUUCAGCUUUGCAAAAUCUUGGUGGCAGGUAGAGAAGGUGAACCCGAUUAAACUCUAUGAGGAGAAUAAAACCAUCGCUGGGUUCUCGCUCCUCAACCUCCUCUUUAAGCAGAACAAAUGUGGGCUUGUUAAAUCUGUGAUGGAGAAGCUCCUGUCUCUCUACAAAGCAGAGAAGAUCCAUCCUGUGGUGGACUCGCUGUGGGCACUGGAGGAGGUUAAAGAAGCCAUGCAGCGGAUCCAUGACAGAGGAAAUAUUGGGAAACUCAUCCUAGACAUUGAGAAGACACCCACACCCCUGAUGGCCAGUGACAGCACGGAGACCAGUGAGGCCGGAGAGGAGGAAGAGGAGCCAGAGGGAGACGACAGCAAGGAGCGUAUGCCUUUCAUCCAUUAAAUUUGACACCACCAGAGACUGGAAAAUGCUUCACCGACUCUCGGCAGACGAACGCAGAGUCUCCUGACGUGUGUGUUUGUGCACGAGUGUGGAGUGUAUCUGUGCCUUCUGUCUUUCCUGUUGAUGAUGUCUCCUCUGAUAAUGUUAUAGCAGUAUUGCUUUUAUAUGUUAUAGAGGUGUUCUAAAAAAUAUAGAACUGGAUUCGGUAUCAAUUUGAGAGCUAAAUUUAAUGUUCCCUAUCCUUGCUGUUGUAGCAGAUGAAACAAAACCUUUCAUUUAUUCCAAGAGGUUUUCCAACAGUGGUCAGGCUCUGCUGACCUUACAAAAGUUUGUUCUCUCUCACUCACUCUCUAUCCCCCAAAAGUGUAUUGGUUAUCCUAUAUACCACUCAUAUCUUCAUAUGUUCUCCAGUGGCCUUGACAUCGCAGUUGCAGUUCACUUUCCUUAGCUCAGACUUGCCAGCCUCGUACUAUUCAUUUACAUUCGACCCAGCGUCCAGCUGUGGGAGGUGUUCCUCUUGUGCAUUGUGUACUCUGGUUAAUAGGUCUGCAUAUGACUGGUGUGUGUUUGGUCUGCAUAUGAAACCUGUUUCCAGAAGUCUACUAUAUGUCACUGUUCAGUUCAUUCAUAUCAUGAGCAGAAUUUUUCUUAGGUUUUUUUUUCAAUUUUGUGUGUGAUAUGGGAGGGGUGAGGACUAGCUCCUUUAAUUUUAUGGCUAUUGCCGACGAGACCCUUCAGGUAUGUGAUUCUUGUGAGGGGAGGUUGCUGUGAGAGUGAACAGACAGUUCAGACCUGUAUCAAUGAGUCGUGGUGAGGAAAAUGUUUCAGAGGUCAAUCUUGGUCAAGAGCUUUGGUUAGUGGCUGUAAGAGCAAGGUGCAAGAUGAAACAAGAUUGUUAUUAUUCAGAGUUUCAGACAGCUCCGAGCUACAGAAAAGUCUUCUGAGGUGGCAGUCAGGAUGCCUCUCUGGUGAAUAGCCCGUGCAUGUCUCAUUUGGCGGUGGUCCUCGGGCAUGCUGGUCCACCUGGGAGCACUGUGCUAUUCCCUCAAAUGAGAUGGAGGUUCUGUCACGGGGGAGGUUUAGGCCUCAGACUGCUGGGAUUUACAAUAAAGAGAGAAAAUGGAUGCAUGCAGUCUUCAAAUUCACUUAAACCACUGAAAGAAUCUGGGCCUGUAUUGAGAAAUAAUCUUUCUGACUGGAUUCAAAUGAGCUCUGAGUUCUCCUCCCGGCUGCUGUCUAAUGAUAAUGACAUCAUUAAAGGUGAGGUAGGGAACCUGCCGAGCUUUGCAUUCCAGCUCAGUACCUGCCUCAAUGGCACCCUGCUGGUCACUUGCUCUCUCAAUACUCAGACGAUGACAUUUUCAACUGGCAGCGUUGGCAUAAUAACAAGAACAGCUGAUGUCCCUCGGCUAAGGUUGAGCUGGAACUCAGGUUUACAAUGUUCACAUGCCUGUGCCUCGAAACUUAAGUGCCAUGAAAUACAACAGGAAAUCAUUUAAAAUCUCAAUGCUGGUGUCAAACAUCUAUCAUCAUCUGUAUUUUAACCCCUAAUCCAAAAUCAAAAUAGUUUAUUGAUUGUACUCAUGUACUAUAUUUCACUUCUGAUUAGUAAGUCUCCAUACUGUUGCUGCGGCUACUACUAUUAUCCCACCCCCAAAUGUAUUAAACUGGCCUUGAGUCAUGCCAUACAUGUGUAGUGAGGACUUAAAAAAGUACAUCUCAGUAUAUGGAGUUGACAAAUAUAUUCUGUAUGAAUGUCAGAGGGACUGCAUGUAUCGUAUGUAUUUGUGUUGCAAUGAAAAAAAUCACACAAAAAAAAGAAAUGGAAUUACAUGUUUUUUGUUUUUCUUUUUAUUCUACAAGUUUCUCUUGUCAGGUUUUUGUUGUGCACUUGAAACUACUUGAAUAAA